GGAUAGGGCUGGUUGGAUACUGAAUUCAUGCACGUUCCUGGCCGGCAUGAGCACAAGAUCCUGGUGAUCGAGCAAUUGCGGCAAGCUGUGACUAUCCGCAUGGAUAAAGCUCCAGUGAUGGAUGACAGGGGUUGCAAGGAUGGUCUGAUCCGCCGUGGAUGGUAUAGAUGGUAUAGAUGGUAUAUUCUCUGGGCUCGGCUUUUUCGAGGCACCUUUGCGCCAGACUCCCGUACGGCCGAAGGUGACCCCCCGAGCACGAUAAUCCGACUCCCACUUCAGAGUCACGGUGUCUCGGGUGCAGGAAAGGCCUUUCUGAAAGCAACGCGUACAGACCGGCUGUUUCUCAUCGCAUUUCACUUUGCUACGCCGGCAGUGGGAGCAUCCACGGUGGGAGCGGGUGCGCGGUCCACUCAUUGUCUGGUGGUCCUCGUGUCCUCGCGGAAGUGGCUGGCGGGCAUGAUAGUUUGCUUUUCUUUUUGCACUCAAGUCUUACACUCAGCUCUUGUCUUCAGAUUCUCUAACUCUAACAUUCUUCAACGCUCUUUUGACCGGGGUGAUUGAAAAGCAGCGAUUUUCUCCUG